CUGGGGAGGGAGGGAGGGAGGGGAGGGCGGCUGGGCAUGGGGGCCCUGCUUCUCCUCUUGCCCUGCAGGACCUUCGUCUUGGAAGGGAACCCGCUGCCCGAGCGCUCCUUCUACAAGCUGCUUUCGGAGGAGAGCAGCUUGGCCCACCUCUCCCUGCGCAACAACUGCAUUGACGACCAGGCGGUGCUGCUGAUCGGCCAGGGGCUCUCCUCGCUCCGCAGCUCCAACAAGAACCUGGUCUCCAUCAACCUCAGCUACAACCACAUCACAGAUGCGGGCGCCACCCACCUCGCCAACGGCCUGCGCCUCAACAGGUCCCUGCUGUCUUUGUCGUUGGCGCAUAACCAGAUUGGGGACGAGGGUGCCAUGAAGCUGGCCGAGGUGCUUGGCCCCUUCGCCCUCACCCACACGGAGGUGGUGGAGAGGCGGCGGUUGCUGCUGGAGAAGGAGGCCCAGGAGAGAGGCCGCCUGCCCCAGAGACACUCAGAGCUGAAGAGCGACCGUCCCGCCAGCCACGUCAGCAGCACCACCAUCGACAAGCUGCAGGCUGCCAAGGGCGCCAAGGGCGUCAAGAAGAAGGAACCCACCAAAAAGGAGGAGAAGGGCCCAGUGGGCGGAGCAGCUCCCGCACAGCCACCGGCGGCGCCAGCGGCCCAGGCCAAGAAGGAGGACGCCAAGCAGUCCAAGAAAGCUGCCCCCCCCAUUGAUCCCAAAGCGAAGUGGGCCAAGGGAGUGAAGCUGGGCUCGAAGGACAAGCGGUCCCAGGUCCUGGAAGUGGAGCAAAUCCUGGAGCCCACCGAGAUGAUGAACCCCCUGCUGGAACCAGCCGAGCACCACGAGGGGCAGGUCUUCCUUCAGGGGAACCGCGUUCUGAUCUACCUGAACCUCAUGCGAAACCGCAUCUCGGAGAACGGCUUGAAGGCCUUCCUGGCCACGGUGGAGUACCAGGUCAGCCGGAUCCUUCCUGGGGGCAAGGGGCCAACCGGCCUGCUGCAUCUCACCCUGGCGAAAAACCUCUUCCCGGCCGAGAGCAAGACCUACGCCAGGAUCCAGGAGCUCAUGGGGCCCCGAGACCCCCUACCCAGGGCCUCCAGGCCAGAGGAGGAGCUGCUCACCGCUGCCCAGUAAACCAAGCCAGCUUCUCCCCGAGGAUCCUGCACCCAGAAGCUCUAGGCCCAACCUCCCGGGUGGAGCCCCCAGGACUGGCACCGGCGGGCAGACCAGCCCCCUCACUCAAAGGCUCUCCCCCCCCCCCCAAGGCUGCAAGGACGGAGCCCGGCCUUCCGCCCAUUAAAAGCCCCACGAGAGACCCUGGAGUUUUUCUUCUGUGUUAAGACCCUGCCAACGCUGGUGGGGCCAGAGGAGCUUCCACCUCAGCCACCGGCACCCCCCUCCUCUCCGGCUGGCUGGCCCAGAUCUAGGGGUCUCCACAGCCCACCUCUCUGCUUUUCAACCCAAAGACUUUUGCUGGCCACGCACCAGGCUGGCGUGCCGAUGCAUGCUCCGAGCCCUGGGAGGAAAGGAAGCCCCUGCUUGCUCAGAGGCCCUGCCCAGGCCCCCCUCCCUUCUUCAGCCUUUAGCGCGGCUCUCUCUGGGCCUUCCACGACCUGCUGCUUUUAAAUGGGAAAA